AUGACAACGAACGCACUGAGUUUGGGUCGGUUCCGAUCCAAAUCCAUCGCCGACGUGUUCACCGCAACGGAAAUUGAAGAUGACAAAGAGGACUUGUUGCCAAGGGAGCUGCCAGGUAAUCGGGGCGCAUUGAACAACUCUUCGAGCUAAACCGAUCCAUUUCAAGUUUUGGGAACAUCAUCUUGAAGUACUAGAAGGUCUAACUUCCAAGUUUGGUGAGAGUUAGAUGAAUAAGAACCGAGAAAAUACCGUAAUAGAAGGGCACCCUAAUACCGUCUACUCAAGUGGAUGUAUCUCAGCUGCCAUUGGAGAUAUCAAAAAUGUGUCAACUAAUGAAUUGCUUGUUGAAAUAUUGUUUACAUUUUAUCAGUUAACAACUGUUUGAUAUCUCUAAUAACAGCUGAGAUACGUCCUCUUGAAUAGACGGUAUUUACAUUAAAAAUUUUCAACUCGUAAAGUCUGCAGGAACCAUCCGGAGCACCCUGGAAAAGUGGAAGAGCUCUCUGAACUUGAACAUUCGAAAAAACACUGAGCAAUCAGUGGAGCAACGGCGAUCUCGAGCCAAUUCGAUAUUCACCAGACCUCCGGUAAGACGCAGACUCUCUUUUUCGGCCAUCUCGCAUUUUCAGACUCAUCCGCAUCCACGCCGUCAAAGUUUGGCGGAAAUGUUCCGGAAACCAUCGGGGAUUAAGGAUGAUAUCAAGGUGAACUUUUUGGUACAAACUUUAAACAAUCGGAAUCUUCCAGAAAAUAUGGGAAAAGCGUCCUUCACUCUCGCUUGCCGGACUGAAGAGUUCGUUUAAAGAGAGAAAAUCUGGUGAUGGAGGUCGUAGUCAAGGUCAAAGUCAACCUCGAGGUCAAUUUGAAGACCUCGAGGUGGAGGUGCUGGACAACGAAGAAGAAGAAGGCGGUGCGGCACCUGUUCCAGCCUUUUUCAUUGUUGACCGAAGUGCUUGGCACUGGAAGUCAUGA